AUGGGGAGCCCACAACAGGUAGCCCCUCAACUGAAACAGGGCCGGUCUGGCCAGGACGCUGCUGCUUCCGAGAUGACUGGCUUCCAGCCAUUCACCCACUUGCUCCAGACCCGGUAUCCCAGGGGGUCUGAUUGGCUGAACUUUGGCCAUGUGCCCAUUGGCUAUGCUGGGGAAGGAAAGGGUUACAUAAGGACAGGCUCCAUCUUUCUGGCCCAAACUCAGGACCGGCUCAUCUCCCUGAAGCGUAUCAACUCCAGGCUGAAUGUCAUAGGCAUCCCUUCUGAGAUCAUCUCCCCCAAGAAAGUGGCCGAACUUCACCCUCUCCUAAACGUGCACGACCUGGUGGGGGCCAUGCAUGUUCCCGAGGAUGCGGUGGUGUCCUCUGCUGAUGUGGCUCUUGCCCUGGCAAGUGCUGCCUCCCAAAAUGGUGUGCAGAUCUAUGACCGUACAAGCGUGCUUCAUGUAAUGGUCAAAAAAGGCCAAGUAACCGGCGUGGAGACCGAUAAAGGACAGAUUGAGUGCCAGUAUUUUGUCAACUGUGCUGGUCAGUGGGCAUACGAGCUGGGUCUGUCCAACGAGGAGCCGGUUAGUAUCCCGUUACAUGCCUGCGAACACUUCUACCUUCUGACUCGCCCCUUGGAGACCCCUCUGCAGAGCAACACACCAACUGUUGUGGAUGCUGAUGGAAGAAUUUAUAUCCGGAACUGGCAGGGUGGCAUCUUGUCUGGGGGCUUUGAGAAGAACCCGAAGCCAAUAUUUACUGAGGGCAAGAACCAGCUGGAAAUUCAAAAUCUGCAGGAAGACUGGGAUCACUUUGAGCCCCUGCUGAGUUCCCUCCUGCGUCGGAUGCCAGAACUGGAGACUCUGGAGAUCAUGAAGUUGGUCAACUGCCCCGAGACCUUCACCCCAGACAUGAGGUGCAUCAUGGGCGAGUCUCCGGCAGUGCAGGGCUACUACGUCCUGGUGGGAAUGAACUCUGCUGGCCUGUCGUUUGCAGGAGGGGCUGGAAGGUACCUCGCCGAAUGGAUGGUGCAUGGUUAUCCAUCAGAAAGCAUCUGGGAAUUGGACUUGAAACGUUUUGGAGCCCUCCAGAGCAGCCGUACCUUUCUGCGCCACCGGGUCAUGGAAGUCAUGCCUCUGCUGUAUGAUCUGAAGGUUCCCCGUUGGGACUUCCAGACCGGGAGGCAGUUACGCACAUCUCCUCUCUAUGACCGGCUGGACGCACAAGGAGCCAGGUGGAUGGAAAAACAUGGAUUUGAGAGGCCGAAGUACUUCGUGCCACCAGACAAGGACCUCCUGGCAUUGGAGCAGAGCAAGACUUUCUAUAAGCCAGACUGGUUUGACAUUGUGGAGUCUGAAGUCAAGUGCUGUAAGGAAGCUGUGUGUGUCAUUGACAUGUCCUCUUUCACAAAGUUCGAAAUAACAUCCACCGGAGACCAGGCAUUGGAAAUUCUUCAGUACCUCUUCUCCAAUGACCUCGAUGUACCCGUGGGCCACAUUGUGCACACCGGCAUGCUCAAUGAGGGUGGAGGGUAUGAAAACGACUGUAGCAUAGCGCGGCUCAGCAAGCGCAGUUUCUUCAUGAUUUCCCCAACUGACCAGCAGGUCCACUGUUGGGCCUGGCUUAAGAAACACAUGCCGGAAGACAGCAACCUGCUUCUGGAGGAUGUCACCUGGAAAUACACUGCCCUCAAUCUGAUUGGCCCUCGAGCUGUGGAUGUGCUGUCCGAGUUGUCCUAUGCCCCUAUGACUCCAGACCACUUCCCAAGUCUGUUCUGCAAGGAGAUGAGUGUGGGCUACGCAAAUGGGAUCAGGGUGAUGAGCAUGACUCACACAGGAGAGCCGGGAUUCAUGCUCUACAUCCCCAUAGAGUAUGCCCUCCACGUGUACAACGAAGUGAUGAGUGUUGGGCAGAAAUACGGAAUCCGGAAUGCUGGCUAUUAUGCUCUUCGUAGUCUUCGAAUCGAGAAGUUCUUUGCUUUCUGGGGUCAGGAUUUAAACACCCUCACCACACCCCUGGAAUGUGGACGAGAAUCUCGGGUGAAACUGGACAAGGGGAUGGAUUUCAUUGGCCGGGAUGCCCUGCUGCAGCAGAAACAGAACGGGGUGUACAAACGCCUCACUAUGUUCAUUCUGGACGAUCACGACACCGACCUGGACCUCUGGCCCUGGUGGGGAGAACCCAUUUACCGCAACGGGCAGUACGCAGGCAAGACCACCAGCAGCGCCUACAGCUACACCCUGGAGCGCCACGUUUGCCUGGGCUUUGUGCACAAUUUUUCCGAAGAUACUGGGGAAGAACAGGUUGUGACGGCAGAUUUCAUCAACCGGGGAGAGUAUGAGAUUGACAUCGCGGGACACCGGUUCCAGGCCAAGGCCAAGCUCUACCCUGUCACCUCCCUCUUUACCCACAAGCGCCGAAAGGAUGACGUGGAGCUAAGUGACUUGCAUGGAAAGUAA